AUGAAGGAACACAAAUUGGUUACUGUAUUCUUGAAUACAUUAGAUAAAAGCGGCGUGAAUCAUGGAAAACCUGUUAAUAAGAUGCUGCAUUCAACUAAAUCUGUCCAUUUAUGUCCGUGUGUGCUUGUUAGGUUGCUUGAGUCCGAAGAGGUGGAGAAGAAAGGGGAGGAGAUUCAAGGGUUAAGGGUGGUACCAUCAACUGAAUACUUACAUACGGUUAACGAUGGUGGGAGGAAUUACACAAUCUGCCUGUUAGAGAGAAAAUGUGUUUGUGGGAGGUUCCAAGUUGAUGAAUUGCCAUGCCCACAUGCUUGGGCUGUAUUGAAGAGCAAGUUUCUAAUGCCAGAAGAAUAUUGCUCUAACUAUUAUAAACCAAAUACAAUUGUAAUGACAUACGAUGUGCCAGUGUACCCGCUACCGGACAGAAAUGACUGGAAUAUACCAGAACAUGUUGCAGAGGAGGUUGUACUACCACCCAAAUGGAAAAGACCUCCUAGAAGGCCAAAGAAGAAGCGCAAUAAAACUUUAAGUGAAUUGCUGCAGCCGAAAAAUCAACAUUCAUGUAGCAUAUGUGGGCAGGGAGAACAUAACAAGCGAACGUGUAGAAAUGCUCCACGUAAUAAAUAG